CAAAGCAGCUGGCUACUUCCUGUGUUCACUGUUAGCCAAGUCACAUCCAGACAGCCGCAUCGCUGCGACUACUGUAUCAUCCAAGAUGCUGGCCCUAAUAAACAGGCUUUUGGACUGGUUCCGGUCCCUCUUCUGGAAGGAAGAGAUGGAGCUGACAUUAGUCGGACUCCAGUAUUCCGGGAAAACCACGUUCGUCAAUGUGAUCGCGUCGGGUCAGUUCAGUGAAGACAUGAUUCCCACAGUCGGGUUCAACAUGAGGAAGGUCACUAAAGGCAAUGUGACAAUAAAGAUAUGGGACAUAGGUGGACAGCCCCGCUUCAGAAGCAUGUGGGAGCGCUACUGUCGGGGAGUCAAUGCUAUUGUUUACAUGGUAGAUGCGGCAGACCGAGAGAAGAUAGAAGCUUCCAGAAAUGAACUGCACAACCUUUUAGACAAGCCACAGCUACAAGGAAUUCCCGUUCUAGUACUCGGCAACAAACGUGACCUGCCCAACGCACUCGAUGAGAAGCAGCUCAUUGAAAAAAUGAACUUAUCUGCCAUUCAGGAUCGAGAGAUCUGCUGCUACUCUGUCUCCUGCAAAGAGAAAGACAACAUAGAUAUCACACUGCAGUGGCUCAUCCAGCACUCAAAGUCACGGAGAAGCUGAAAGUGAAGCCCCGCCCCCUCCUCCUCCUCCUCUUCCUCCUCCAGUCGCAGCUCUGGCCUCAGCCCCCUAACGGUCAUGGGUCCUCGACAGUCAUCCCUUCCACUGCCUCUGUGAAGUAAUCCAGCUCUGCUCACUACUGUCACCACAUGCACCACCCACUACACUACCGUAGAUGUGUUGCCCCUGUACAGCACCACCACCACCGCCACCACCGCCGCUGCCCUAAUACCCGGAGUCUUGAACCGUUGUCUGUGCUCGAAGGUGGAUCGUCCAUACCCAUCAUGCCUUAUCGCUCGUCAUAACAGACACGCCGUGUGUCCGUGUCCAUCAUGACAUGAGUGUGGUGUUUUUAUUUUCUUCUUUUUCUGUUCCCAUUCACACAGAAUCCAAUGACGUCACCAUGUACUGUACUGUCCCCCCCACCCCCACCCCCGACAACGACAAAUGAAUCUCAAUCUGAAAUCCCUCCUGUUGACUGUCAGCAUUUGGUGUUUACGCGACAUUGUGUGAUUGUACUUUUUAAACAGGUCUUUGCCAAAACGAUGGUUAUUACCAAGCGCUGAUGCCUUCAGUUCCUCUCAGAAAUGUAGCCCGCGUUUAUUUGCCGGCGUACGAUACACGCGAUAAGUUUUAUUAUAAGUGACUUAAAAGUUUACACGUCUAGAUCGACAGAAGUGAAGACUGUGAGUGGCUGUCGUGUCCUGAGGUGACAUUUUAGACAUUUAAUAGGUCAGUAGAGUAUUAAGUGCCUUCGGCUGAGUGAGUGAUCCAAUCAGAUAGUUAUUACCCAAAAAAAACAAAAAACAAAACACAGGAGAAACACUUUGAUUCCACUUAAAACCACUUUGACAAUCUCAUUUUAUGUUUUAUAAUCUCCUCAUGACGUCUCAGAACGAUAGAACUGUACUGAUGAUGGAAAAUGAGGGAGGAGGAAGCAAACAGAGCUGUAUAAUCUGAACAUGUUACAUCUGUUUGGGUCCUUUGAACGCUGUUUUCACUUGCAGCCUGUGACGAUUUAAUGCAGCUCGACGUUUGGGCUAACUUCGGUUUGCGGUUCUCAGGUUGUUAUAGGAUUUUUCAAGUCGUCUGAACAAAGUAAGGGUGCGCCCAAGUGUCUGUCUCAUAAUAAUCCUUGUUUUUGUUCCGACCGGAUAAUACAAAGCCACAGACAGUCUCUCUGAAAGUGUCGGAGGCUUGAUGUCAUCCACACCCAUGUCUGAAAUCCUUGUAUUUUUGUAAAACAGUCCAAGAUCUCCGCCGUCUCCCAACAAACUAUUAAUUGACAUUUCCUUUUACAGCGACAAGACAAUGAUUUCUUUUUUGUUGUCGCUUUGCAUCGACUUCAGUCAUGUAUAUUAUUCCGCCCCUUUUGCUUGGCCAGUGCAUCUUGAUGGAUUAAAGAUUUGUGUGUGUCUGUAUGUUGCUGGAUCGGGGAGAAUCACCCCCCCUCUAGGCCUCAACAGCUUCUGCAUUUUCACUGUAUUGUCACCUUCAGAUCCAUCACACGCUCUCUGUUACCGCCCACGUCGUCCUGUGUCCGCUGGUGAUUGUUGUAAUCCUAAAUAUCCACUGUUGGGACCACAGCAGCAGUGAGGGGCUGUAAAACUGGGUGACUACGUGGGUACUUGGGGUAAAAAAAAAAAUGCUUUGUUACUUGUGUAAUAAUAAUUAUAAUAAUAAUAAUAAUAAUAAUAAUAUAGCCUAUUUGCAAUUUGUAUGUGCAUGUGCUGAACCUAUUCACAUUCAAUUGCAGACUUUGUAAAUAAAACGUUAGCAUUUUUAUUCCAACAAAUGCUCCUGUAGAUGUCAUGCAUUCUUUCCCUGUGAUUGCUAAUAAAAUUUGUUUUUAUUUUUAAGGA